CUAACUCACUUGCUUGUUUGCUUGUCAAAAAGAAAUAACACAUAUAUUUAUUAAUAUUAGUUAUUUCUUUAUUAUUAUACAAUAUUAUAGAUAAAUAAUAUAUUCUAGUAUUAUUUCUAUUAUUCACUAUCAAGGUAAUAAAAGAAAAAAAUCCUUGAAAAAAUAAAAAAAAUAAGUUCAUAGAAAUAUUUUUUUAGUAAAUAAUUUUUUAAUUAAAAACAAAAAAGUUUCAAUACUACAUUGUCGUGUAUUUUUAUUGUAUGUAUAAUAAAGUCGUGAAGACAAUUAAACACCUAUCUUUAACAUGAUUAAAUUAUUUUCAUUGAAACAAGCAAAAAAAGAUGGUGAAUCACCAAAAGCAGGUACUCAAAAAAAAGCAUCAGCAGCACAAUUGAGAAUAACAAAAGAUAUCAAUGAAUUAAAUUUACCUAAAACUUGUAAUACUGAAUUUCCAAAUCCAGAUGAUUUGUUGAAUUUUAAAUUAAACAUAAGUCCUGAUGAGGGUUUUUAUAAAGGAGGAAAAUUUACAUUUAGCUUUAAAGUUGGGCCAAAUUAUCCUCAUGAACCACCAAAAGUAAAAUGUGAAACACAAGUUUAUCAUCCAAAUAUUGAUCUUGAGGGUAAUGUUUGUCUUAAUAUAUUGAGGGAAGAUUGGAAACCAGUAUUGACAAUCAAUUCAAUUGUUUAUGGUCUUCAAUAUUUGUUUUUGGAACCAAAUCCAGAAGAUCCAUUAAACAAAGAUGCUGCUGAAGUUUUGCAAAAUAAUAGACGUGCUUUUGAACAAAAUGUUAUAAAAGCAAUGAGAGGUGGUUAUGUUGGAUCAGCCUAUUUUGAAAGAUGCUUAAAGUGAUAUAUUGUCAAUAAUAAAUAAUAAAACAACGACAAAAACAACAACAACAACAACAAUUACAUUGUACAAACGACAAUAUAAAUCAUAGAUUGUCGUUUGUAUUUUACUAAGUUUAUGUUAAUUUACAAAAAUAAAAAAAAACAAAGCUAACAAAAUUUAUUAUUAUUAUUAUUAUUACAAUUUAUUUCUACAAAAGUAUUUUUCAGUUUAUUAAACAUCUUGAUUAGACAACAAAUUUGAUGUAAAACAAAAAAUAUGUGAAUUAAUCUGUCAUUAAAAAAAAAAAAAAGAAAAAAAUAAUAUUAAAAAAUUUAAUUUAUAUCUGCUUUUCUUUAUUAUUAUUUUUUUUUUUUAAAUUAAUUUUAUUUUGUGUAUGAAAAUAAAGAACAAGUUUUAAAACUUGGCGAGAGAUAAUGAUAAAUAGCUUUUUAUUUCACUUUAUAUUUAAAAAAUAAUUAAAAUCAUCUCUUAAAUAUUUGUCAUUAUUUUUGACGAUUAAUUUUAAUAAAAUUAAACUUAUUUAUUUAAAAAAAAAACUUUUAACAAAUUAAUCAUUAAAAAUUUAAAUAUCAUACAAUUAAUUUUUCAUGUAUACAAAAAUAUUUAUAGUAUUAUUGUGAAAUAAUUAAAAAUUUCAUAAAAAUAUAAAUGUUUUUAUAAAGUAUUGAUUCAUUUUUUUUUUUUUAAUUUAAAUUAAUUUGUAUUAAUAAUUAAUUCAAUAUUAAUAAAAAAAUAAAUAAAUACAA